UCAUUUAUGGUUUCAGAACAUUACAGAUAACAAAGGUUUUUUGCGUAAUGUCCAAUAACUCUGUCAAGCACGAAGCAUGCUAUCUUACCACUUCUUUAGAAGUACUCUGAGUAUUCUGAACUAUAAAGUUUUUAUUAUAGGUCUUAAAGAACAAACACAUUUGGAGAACAGAAAAAAAUAAAUAAUAAUAAUAAACAUCAGAAUAUCAAUAGGACUCUCUAGGUGGAAAGUACUAACAGACAUAGAAUAUCAAAAAGACUUUACAGAGGUGGUGGAAAAGCCUAAGAUAUAUUUCAGAGCUAAGGCGAAAAAAGAAAAAGUAAAUAUAUCCAACAGUGAUCAUUAAUUUGAUCUUUAGAAUAUUACAAGUGUAAUGUUCUUGUAUCCAAACAAAGUGUUGUUGCCAAGCCAGAAAGAAUGGAUCUUCAGUAUUUCAGGCGCCUCCGCAUUAGACUGAACGCUUCCACAUUGACACAUUUUAUCGACAUUUUGAAAAGGGAAGUAACUCAUUUUUUCUCUAAAGUUUACUUCUGGAAUGAUGGCUUUACCAACAUUUUUUUUGAUAAACAAGCGCUCAGAAAUUGUUUACGCGUAAUAAUGAAUGAUGUAAAGGAAGCAUAGAAAAUGAUAUUUAAUGUAAUUCUAUAUAAAACGCUCAUGUCAAAAAGAAAGGAAACUCUUACUAGAGUUAACAACAACGAGAACAGCUACAGGAAUCAUGAAAAGAAUCCCAACACGGCUCAAUAGACAUUGAACAUUUUUAUAAAUCCAAGAAACUAAACAUAAUUUUAGCCCCAGGGAGAUGUAAUCUGCAUAAACUUGUUUCAUUUAGUCUAGCAGGUUACUGACAAAUAUGUUGAUGUUGCCGGAAUUUCAAAAGUAUCGUUGAAAGUCAACAUUUCGCAAAACAUAUGGUCGUUAUAAUGAUCCAAUUUAAAAUUGCAGGCUAUCACUGGGUCGAUUGACGUCUGACAUGUUUCAUAUUCAUUGUUAGUCUGUAUUUUACCUACUGAUUUUGACUACGGAUUACUGCUUUUACCUGAUCUAGAUAUAAGACCCACUGCAGGUUUGACCGGUCAAAGGGAACACAUACUCCUAAUUUCAUUAGUACAUGUUUGCCCUUCUCUUAAUUUUGUAUUCUUUAUUGGAUUUACAAGACUGAUCACUGUUCGUUAUCUUCAGAUAUUCAUUUAAUCUAAUGUAUCAAUAAUUUGAAAUACAAUUAGCCAGAAUUCCCUGUAACUCACGCAGACAACGUGCUGAAAACAUAUAUACAUUAAAAUCUUUUGUGACAUUUAUUUGAUUUCUGUAUAGCUUCUGACCAAUGAACAAAUACUCCUAGUAGCAGAGUGGACAAUGCUGUUAAGGCAUUCCACCCCUAAUGAUAUCGGCAAUUUUCGUGUAACCUCGUGUAACUUCGUAUUUCGGGGAACCCCCGUCAGAUGCCCGUAUGAUAAGGAUAAGGAAAAAAAUGGCGGCCUCCAUGCAAGGUCGUGACAGUAAGAGUAGAUUUACAAAAUCGCUGCCACCCUCAAGGAAAAAGAAAAGGUCGAGGAUAAUAAUUGAUCAUAAUUAUUCAGUAGGACACGUAUGUAACGGCACGGAGUGUGGAGAUGCUGUAGAAAUCCCGCAAAACGCAAGUAGGGACAGUUGGAAAAAAGGUCGGCGGAUCAUCGAACUAGACUCUCUGUUGUCCGAAUUGAAAUAUUGUAAAAAGUGUUUCUUAGGCCCUGUCCCGUUAACAUAUGACACAAUAGUUGGAGAACUGAAGAAAGGUCUUGGCGGAUAUUUGUAUGUGGUGUGUUCCAAUGUUGAUUGUCGACAUGUGAACAAGGUGGCAUACGGGAAAACAUACCGUGUGAAAAAAUACGGAAUGCCUUGUUUUUCUGUGAAUACAAAGCUAGGUACAGCUAUGAUAGACAGCAUAGGCGGCCCUGACAAAGUCAACAAUAUGUUGUCGACUCUUAAUAUACCCCCUAUUAGUGGUAAAAAUCUGAAAAGUAUGGAGAGGCGUGCUGGUGAAGUUGUUGAGGAAGUGGCCAGAAAAUCUACGCAGAAUGCAGCAAUUGAAGCAUUCAGGAUGGAAAUGCAAGAUGCUGCCAAAGAGGAGUCGGAAAAGACAUUAGCAACUAUGGGCCCAGUAGUGGAAGACCUUGGUGUUUGCCCACUUCCUGAUGCGUCUCCAUCAAUCAGACAAGUAUUUUCUACUGUGUGCGAUGAAGUGACUAAAGAUCAUGCUGCAGACCAAAACAAAGGUUACUCAACAGGUGCUGAUGAUGAUGAAUGGGAAGAUUUGCCUAAUGAAGGCAAUUUUCCACCACAAAAGCACCCUUCUUAUCUGCAUAAAAUGAAGAGCUUGACAAGGAGGAAGGCAUCCAAAUUGUCUAAUAGCACAAAAAGAGCAUUGCAGUUUCCAUGCAAAGCAAGAUCAGGCAUGACCGUUGCUGUGGAUACGGCAUGGCGGAAACGAGGCUUUGAUAGUCUUACUUGUGAACACAACUGCUGGGCUAUCUCCUGGUAUACAUACUGAGCAGUAUGCCACAAAGAUGGCAAAGAAGAGGAAGGCCAUGCAAGAGAAGUCACAGCUGCCAUCCACAAAG